AAUCUUUUUAAUUCCAACAUUUUUCUUAUCCACCCCCAACAUUAUACACAAAACUCCAUGGCAGCUUUCUUCAACACAUCCCCCUUUAUCUUUUCCACAAAUCCUCUAAAUACUUUCUCCUUUCAUUUUCCUCUCAUCCUCCAUGGAACUCCAAUCACAAUCCUCCCCAUCAUCAUCACCAUUACCUCUAACACCCUCAACUUCACUCAAAACCUACAAAUUAACCGCCACCUUACUCUCCUACGUUAAAUCCACCACCAUUACAGCCACCGUUUCGAACCUCUUCUUCUUCAAACACUGCACCACCACCUCACCGGAUAGUUACAUCCUCCGUGACGUGUCGUUUACCGCUUAUCCAUCUCAGCUUCUCGCCAUUGUUGGCCCUAGCGGAGCUGGAAAAUCUUCCCUUCUCGACAUUUUAGCUGCCAGAACUUCUCCGACUAGCGGUACUCUUCUUCUGAACUCCUCCCCUAUUAAUCCGUCGACGUUUAGGAAGCUUUCAGCUUAUGUUCCUCAACAUGACGCGUAUCUUGACAUGCUCACUGUUUACGAAACGUUCAUUUUCACUGCUCGUCUUCUCCACCCUAAACUAUCUGAAAUAGACACGGUUGUUAACUCUCUACUCACUGAGCUGAGUUUAACUCACUUAGCUAAAACUCGUCUAGCUCGUGGACUCUCCGGCGGAGAACGCCGCCGUGUCUCCAUCGGGUUGAGCCUCCUGCAUGACCCGGGGGUUUUACUUCUCGACGAACCAACUUCUGGUUUGGAUAGUAAAUCAGCUCUUAGUGUCAUGCAAACCCUAAAAUCCAUAGCUAACUCACGUUUUCGGACAGUGAUUCUAUCGAUUCAUCAACCGAGUUUCAAGAUUCUUUCGACCAUUGAUAAAAUACUUUUGUUAUCUAAAGGAACCGUUGUUCAUCAUGGUACUCUUAGUUCUCUUCAAACCUUUUUACUCUCCAAUGGCUUCACUGUUCCUCCACAGUUAAACGCGCUCGAACACGCCAUGGAAAUUCUCAAUCAGCUACAACAAAAUAGCAGUCCUUGUACUCCUUCAUCCUCAUCAGACGAUGAUGCUAAUUACUCUUCAUCGUCCGAUCAAAACAAAGCAAGAGAUACGAUCAGAUAUAAAAGUUCAAGAAUCCAUGAGAUUAUUGUUCUUUACAGUAGGUUCUGGAAGAUUAUUUACCGAACUAAACAGCUUUUAUUAACGAACACAUUAGAAGCUCUGAUCGUGGGAAUUGUUUUAGGAACAAUCUAUAUUAACAUUGGUUAUGAUAGGAUAGGUAUUGAGAAAAGAUUCGGUUUCUUUGCGUUCACUCUCACAUUUCUUCUAUCAUCAACUACUGAAACCCUCCCGAUUUUCAUCAACGAAAGGCCAAUUUUACUACGCGAAACUUCGAGUGGGGUUUACAGAUUAUCAUCUUAUCUUGUUGCGAACACUCUUGUUUUCUUGCCCUAUUUGUUCGCGAUCGCGGUCAUUUACUCCGUUUCGGUUUAUUUUUUAGUCGGUCUUUGCUCUUCAUGGCAAGCUUUUGCUUAUUUUGUUUUGGUUAUAUGGGUGACUGUCUUGAUGGCCAAUUCAUUUGUUUUGUUCUUGAGCUCACUUGCGCCGAAUUACAUAGCAGGAACUUCGCUUGUCACAAUACUGCUCGGCGCUUUUUUUCUGUUUUCGGGUUAUUUUAUUUCGCAAGAUAGCAUGCCGAAGUACUGGCUGUUCAUGCAUUUUCUUUCGAUGUAUAAAUAUGCGCUCGACGCGCUUCUGAUUAACGAGUAUUCGUGCCUUGUUACGAAGUGUUUUCUGUGGUAUGAGGCGAAUAAGAGCUGCAUGGUUAAUGGAAGGGAUGUGUUGGAGAAGAGAGGGCUUGAUGUAAAGCAUAGAUGGACUAAUAUCUAUGUUUUGAUUGGAUUUUUUGUGUUGUAUCGUGUUCUUUGCUUGAUGGUAUUGAUCAGAAGGGUUUCACGAUCAAAAACUUGAUCAAUGAAUUAAACCCUACUUCAUUGUUUGAUAAUGUAACUUGAUUCUCAUUUUCAUGUUUUCAUUUUCUUUUUAAGUUAAUUUUCCUUUCUUUU